CCUCAACACGCGUCACAUCGCGGCGGUAAUCUCGCAAUUCAAAAGGCCCGCUCCUCUCUGUCGGGAAACACACAACCCCAAUUCUCUCUGCCUUGAAAUCUGAACAUCUGAGAAAAACAGCAGUCGUUGGCUCACAUAACGCUAGUCAGGUGAGUUCUUCGACCCGGGUAUCGGACCCGGACCGUCCUUUGGAGGGAAGAGUCGAAAGCGUUCCCGUUCACACGUCACACUCCGCUUGACACUUUUCUCACUUUCCACAACACUUGCAAUCUUGCACCGCGGAAACAGGAUAGAAAAUGGCACCAGCAACCUCAGCAACCGAUCCCGCACCGUCCAGCGGCGAAUCUUCUACCGCCGGAGCGUCAAGACCAGCUCCCGUCCUUCCCCUCACGCAGCGCCUCUCCAAACUCGUCAUAUCAGCCCAGUUUCUGUGGUUCCUGGGUCAUCUCACGACCGUGAUACAGACACUGGUUUACGUUUUGUACGCCAGGUUUGCCAGUACCGAUGGUGGAGCUAAGGCCUACGCGAAGGCUUACUACGGGACCCUGCUUUCGUAUGGGAUUAUCAUGUUCAAGGCUCAUGGGAACCCACAAAUCAGCAUGGGCUACCUCACGAAUGUCUUGAGGGACGAGAACAGCUGGUACUUUCUGAGCGCACUUUACUGGGUGACAUCCAAGCCCCUUGUUGCCACACUGUUCCCAUACGUGACCUUCUCCCUUUUCCACUCGCUGAACUACAUUCGUUCUGAUGUCCUUCCGGCGCUCCUUCCUCCUUCCACAUCGUCCAUCACCCCGAAAAUCCGAGACACGAUCCUACGACUCGUCAAAACGUACCAGCACACCGCCUUGCGAUAUGUCGCAUACGUGGAGGUGUGGACCAUCAUGCCCGUCGUGACGAUCGGCGUCCUCUUCGGGUGGACCUCGUUCUUUGCUCCAUUGAUGUACGCUCGGUUCCUGAUGUUCAGAUACCAUUCGUCGCCCUUGACGGAGCAGGCGUUUGUGGAGCUGCGACAGAAAUUGGAUGCGACGGCCAGUGACCCUCGUGUACCGGCGAUCGUCAAGAAGUUCUAUGAGGGUGCUCGUGAUGCGGUCAUCAAAUCGGGGGCUGUUCCCACCGCCCCGGCUCCGCAAUAGAAUAGCGCCGUGCAAUAUUUUGGAAAAUUAUCAAUGUGCAUCUUCCAUACC